UGUUGCGGCAGCCAUUUUGCGGGAAGGGGAGGUGCCUUUUACUCUCUGACACCAUACGGCAUCCCAGCGGUAUUUUGGAUCCCAACGGCCUUCGAUCUCUGGGCCUUCCUUAUCCCACAGGCCUUUCCUGUUGCGUCCUGAUUCUGGAACCUCCACAACUGGGCCAUUUUUCCCGCCAGGUGUCCUUUUGACCUCUUGACCUCUGACUUAAGGCUCCCAACCCAGCUGCAUUCUACAAAUCUGGUUCUGGAUUAAAGGACACCACCCUGUUAACCCUUAGAGACCAACUGAUUUGAGUCACCCCCUAUCCUUGCUCCCAUGGUUCCAAAAUUUUAGCCCUGGUUCUUUCAGUGCCAUUGCUGAGUGCCCCAGUUCCAGAACUCUGCCCUAGAAUUUUUCAAAAUCUCCAUCCCUGAGCCCAGUCCAUUUUGGAGAAUCCUCUUUCUCAUCCUUCUAGCGCAUGCCAUAGACUCCAAAAUGAUUUCUUCAUGCUCUUCUCCCUUAGAGCCCCAAAUCCAUCCUCCAAGAAAUCCUUCAUCCCAGGCCCCCAUCAUCCCAGCUCCCCUACCCCCACAUCUCCCGGACAUAGCCUUUCUACCCUCUCCUUCAAGUCUCCAGGCCCUUAUUCCCCCACCACCACCACCUCCACCCUCUUCCACGGGUGCUGCUCCCCCUCAUGUAUUUGGCUUAGAGAAGAGCCAGCUUCUGAAAGAAGCCUUGGAGAAAGCCGGCCCAACCGCCGGGAGCAGAGAAGACACGAAGAGGCUCCUAAAACUUCACAAGGACCGUUUCAGAAGUGACUUGCAUUGGAUCCUCUUCUGUGCAGACCUGCCCUCCCUCAUCCAAGAAGGCCCUCAGUGUGGGCUGGUGGCCCUGUGGAUGGCAGGCACUCUCCUGGUGCCCCCCAGUGGCAUCCCCCUAGAGAGACUUGUGCAGAUGGCCAUGGAGAGAGGCUACACGGCCCAGGGAGAGAUGUUCUCUGUGGCUGACAUGGGCAGGCUGGCUGAGGAGGCCCUGGGCUGCGAAGUGGAGCUGCUCCGUGGUGGUCUAGGCGGUGCCAACAGGGAACGUGUGCUGCAGCACCUUGUUGCCGGACAUCCCUUGCUCAUCCCCUACGAUGAAGACUUCAACCACGAGCCGUGUCAGAGAAAGGGCCACAAGGCCCACUGGGCAGUGAGCGUGGGGGUCCUGCUCGGUGUGCAGCGUGUGCCAAGCCCUGGCUAUGCUGAGGACACUGAGCUGCCAGGCCUGUUUCACCCUGUGCCCGGCGUGCCCCGCCAGCCACCACCCCUGCCAGAGGAAGGCUCGCAGGGAGCAGUCUACCUUCUCGCCAAGCAGGGCAAGAGUUGGCAUUACCAGCUGUGGGACUACAACCAGGUCCGGGAUAGCAACCUGCAGCUGACGGACUUCUCACCCUCUCGGGCCUCUGAUGGCCGGGCGUAUGUGGUGCCUGUGGGUGGAGUACGGGCUGGCCUCUGUGGCCAGGCUGUGCUCCUCAGACCGUAGGACUCCCGCCACCAGCCUGCUGCAGCCCUGAACUGGGGGCGAUGGGACCCAGACCGCAGGUUUUCCUCUGUGUGACUACCCAAGGGCUCCGGCUGGCUCUCUUGGGGACCUCCAACAAGAGAUCUUUCACACAGGGUCCCCAACAACCUAUUCACUCUUGAGCCUGGGUGUCGUCCCAACUGCCUCAACCUCAUCCUGCGUCAGGCACCGACUGUGUGGGCUGUAGAGCUGGAAGCUGGAUUGACAAACUCCCUCUCCCAGGGGGGAAAACAGCUCAGACACGGAGGCCCAUCCACCCCACCCGAGUAUUGCAUCCACUGCUUCUCACUGGAGGGCACCCUCUUCUGAACCAUCAUCUCUGUGGACAUCUGCCUCCUCACUGGGCACCUUGCUGUCCCCCAGUACCUGUUCACAUGGGGUCAGGGCUGAGGGAGCAAAAAAAAAAACUUGGCCUCCUCAUUACCUUCCAGGGAAGCUUGCGGCAGUUCCCUUUUGGUCAGAGAAUAGGAACUAACCGCCCAGCCCAGCUCCCCUCCUGCUACCAGCCCUACUGGCCUUUCAGACCCCCAGUGCACCCGCUGCAGCCUCUGCUGACGGUCAUCCUUAACUGUGCCCUCAGGUUCUUCAGUAAGUCUACGUGAGACUGCUUAACGAGAAAAUAGCCAAACUUAAUACAUACAUAAUGGGAACCUCACCUAUAUGAGAGGUUCCAAGAUGGGGAGAAUGAGGUAUAGGUGCCAUUCUGAGCUAAGGUUCAUCUUAGGGCUCCAGAGGGAGGAAGGUCACUGCAGGAUGACAGAAGCAAUUAGAAGUUUACCCUGCUCUGUAGGUGGGUCAGAAAAGUGAUCAUUUUAUUACGGGCACAGCCCCUAAUUCAGACUGUUCUAGGUAUUUCGGGCAGAGUUGGAGGUUUCACUGAGCCUUCAGUCUUGAUUACCCUAGCUCACAACCCGCAUACCACAGAGGCACAUCUUGGGGUGAGUGGUUCUGAGCCCCUAUACCAGCUUGACUCAUCACAGGUUCCCUGUGUGUUCUGAUUUUUUGAAAAAGACAUGCAUCUGAGAGCAACUGAGUGUGCCAACCCGGUCACCCACGUUAACUUGGUACAUGCUCCACUCUCAUACGUGAGGUACUAGGUUGUCCCCACGUUACAGAUGGAGAGACAGGCUUGGGGGAGCACAGUCAUUGGCCAAGGCCACCUGGCUUGGCAAGUGGCAGGGUCAGGAUUCAAACCAGGUAGUACCUGCACGGGUACAUCUAGAUAAAUAAAUACAUAUUUUUAGGUUAGUUUAAUGAAUACCUGUUCCCUCCCCUCUGAAAGGGGAGGAAACAGGUGUGUUGUGGUCACUGCCGUGCCUGUGGUGCAAGGAAACUUCAGAGAGAUUGCUGCACACAGAUAGUGUUUGGGGUUUUUUAAUGUUUCUAACCAGAAGUGGGGAACCCCCACCAGCCCAGGCCCCUCCACCUGUGCCUCCCUUCCCAGCCCUGGUGGGUUGGCGCUCCUGUGCACUGUCCUGCCCGAGCCGGCACAGAGCCAGGCACAAGAGGAGCAGCUCAGCCAGGACUCCGGGCCUGCAUCUCUACUCCAAACUGGUCACUGUCCUGUUAACCGGGCUCGAGACUGUGUGCUUUGGGCCCACACCCCCCAAAUGCAAGAGAAAAAUUUCACGAA